AAAAAUCUAACUCUAAAACACCUAACUAUAUUUUACUGGGUAAUAAUUGGUUUUAUGGUAGAAAGUAUAAUAAUGAUGAACUUCAAACAUACAUAUCUGAAAUUGUAAUCGACACAGAGGAUGCUUUUGUAAGAACAACUCUGC